AUGGCCCAAGAGUACUCCUGUUUAAAUGAGCCUAUGCUAAUGGACCACUGGGACGCUGUGGGCUCACAGGGAUGGAGGUUUGAGGAAAACAAACCGGGGCGAGAGGGAUGGAGGUUUGAGGAAAACAAACCGGGGCGAGAGGGAUGGAGGUUUGAGGAAAACAAACCGGGGCGAGAGGGAUGGAGGUUUGAGGAAAACAAACCAGGGCGAGAGGGAUGGAGGUUUGAGGAAAACAAACCAGGGCGAGAGGGAUGGAGGUUUGAGGAAAACAAACCAGGGCGAGAGGGAUGGAGGUUUGAGGAAAACAAACCAGGGCGAGAGGGAUGGAGGUUUGAGGAGAACAAACCAGGGCGAGAGGGAUGGAGGUUUGAGGAAAACAAACCGGGGCGAGAGGGAUGGAGGUUUGAGGAAAACAAACCAGGGCGAGAGGGAUGGAGGUUUGAGGAAAACAAACCAGGGCGAGAGGGAUGGAGGUUUGAGGAGAACAAACCAGGGCGAGAGGGAUGGAGGUUUGAGGAAAACAAACCGGGGCGAGAGGGAUGGAGGUUUGAGGAAAACAAACCAGGGCGAGAGGGAUGGAGGUUUGAGGAAAACAAACCGGGGCGAGAGGGAUGGAGGUUUGAGGAAAACAAACCGGGGCGAGAGGGAUGGAGGUUUGAGGAAAACAAACCGGGGCGAGAGGGAUGGAGGUUUGAGGAAAACAAACCAGGGCGAGAGGGAUGGAGGUUUGAGGAAAACAAACCGGGGCGAGAGGGAUGGAGGUUUGAGGAGAACAAACCGGGGCGAGAGGGAUGGAGGUUUGAGGAGAACAAACCAGGGCGAGAGGGAUGGAGGUUUGAGGAAAACAAACCAGGGCGAGAGGGAUGGAGGUUUGAGGAGAACAAACCGGGGCGAGAGGGAUGGAGGUUUGAGGAAAACAAACCAGGGCGAGAGGGAUGGAGGUUUGAGGAAAACAAACCGGGGCGAGAGGGAUGGAGGUUUGAGGAAAACAAACCGGGGCGAGAGGGAUGGAGGUUUGAGGAAAACAAACCGGGGCGAGAGGGAUGGAGGUUUGAGGAAAACAAACCGGGGCGAGAGGGAUGGAGGUUUGAGGAAAACAAACCGGGGCGAGAGGGAUGGAGGUUUGAGGAAAACAAACCAGGGCGAGAGGGAUGGAGGUUUGAGGAAAACAAACCGGGGCGAGAGGGAUCGAGGUUUGAGGAGAACAAACCGGGGCCAGAGGGAUGGAGGUUUGAGGAAAACAAACCGGGGCGAGAGGGAUGGAGGUUUGAGGAAAACAAACCAGGGCGAGAGGGAUGGAGGUUUGAGGAAAACAAACCGGGGCGAGAGGGAUCGAGGUUUGAGGAGAACAAACCGGGGCGAGAGGGAUGGAGGUUUGAGGAAAACAAACCGGGGCGAGAGGGAUGGAGGUUUGAGGAAAACAAACCGGGGCCAGAGGGAUGGAGGUUUGAGGAAAACAAACCGGGGCGAGAGGGAUGGAGGUUUGAGGAGAACAAACCGGGGCGAGAGGGAUGGAGGUUUGAGGAGAACAAACCGGGGCGAGAGGGAUGGAGGUUUGAGGAGAACAAACCGGGGCGAGAGGGAUGGAGGUUUGAGGAGAACAAACCGGGGCGAGAGGGAUGGAGGUUUGAGGAGAACAAACCGGGGCGAGAGGGAUGGAGGUUUGAGGAGAACAAACCGGGGCCAGAGGGAUGGAGGUUUGAGGAGAACAAACCGGGGCGAGAGGGAUGGAGGUUUGAGGAAAACAAACCGGGGCGAGAGGGAUGGAGGUUUGAGGAAAACAAACCGGGGCGAGAGGGAUGGAGGUUUGAGGAGAACAAACCGGGGCGAGAGGGAUGGAGGUUUGAGGAAAACAAACCGGGGCGGUGCACAACAGGAAAUGGAAUGGAGAUCGAGAAUAUAAAAAUAAUCUGCCGUUUGGUUAGAAUGAAGGGGAUGAAAUAA